CCUGAAACGGCAGGCUUUCUUGCGAAGCGUGAGUAUGCCCACUGAGGCGGCCCGCAUGCCCUCGCCCCACCAUGAGCCGCGGCGGCCGGUGCUGCAGCGCCAGACCUCCAUCACUCAGACCAUCCGCAGGUACUGCACUGCCCUGUCUGCUCCUUGGGUCGUGGUCUGGGGGUGGGGUGGGGCAGAGGUAGGUGUUCAGGUGGGCCCGGGAAUGGGUCAAGGGGUUUCUCCUCAAUCUUGUUGCCCAUGUCAUCCUGCCGUCCUCCUGCUCUGGGGAUCAGUCUGUCUCACCUAUCACUCUUCUCGGCAACCACCCGAGCACUUGCUUUCUCUUUCUCUGUCUCCCCUACCCCAAUGCUCUGGCCCCUGAACAGCCGGCAGGUGCGCUUUGGGCGUGUCCACACUCUGCCCCUUUUGGGUCACCCUGCUGCCCGCAGGGCCUUCCCGCAGCGCUGGUCUCUCUCUCGGUCCCUGCUCAGGUACCUUGGCAGGGCAUGAGUGUGCUGAUGUCAGCCGGCUUGUGCAUGGCUCACGGCUUCUCAGGAGCUGCUGGCGCAUUUCGGUUUUCCUGGGGCUCCUGAUGGCAGGAACUGGCCAUGUUUUUGCUUGCAUGUCCAAGGGCUGUGGGCAGCCUGCUUGGGCUUGCAGUGCCCACUGCCUGAGUUCUGUGGUGUCCAAGGUCGAGCUGAUGCCCCAGGCCAAGCUCUCUCUGGCCGAGUUGAGGGCUGACCUCCGAGCUCCAUCUCAGGACUCAGUGUCUCCCCACAAACCCUCCUUUCUGGGUUGAGAGGCACGGCUGACUGGUUUGGAGUGAGCAAGGACAGUGAGAGCACCCAGAAGUGGCAGCGCAAGAGCAUCCGUCACUGCAGCCAGCGCUAUGGGAAGCUGAAGCCCCAGGUCAUCCGGGAGUUAGAUCUGCCUAGCCAGGACAACGUGUCGCUGACGAGCACUGAGACGCCCCCUCCCCUUUACGUGGGGCCAUGCCAGCUGGGCAUGCAGAAGAUCAUAGACCCCCUGGCCCGGGGCCGGGCCUUCCGCGUGGCAGAUGACGCCGCUGAUGGCCUGAGCACCCCGCACACGCCCGUCACGCCGGGCGCUGCCUCCCUCUGCUCCUUCUCCAGCUCCCGCUCGGGUUUUAGCCGGCUACCGCGGCGACGCAAGCGUGAGUCUGUGGCCAAGAUGAGCUUCCGGGCAGCAGCCGCGCUGGUGAAGGGCCGCUCGGUUAGGGAUGGCACAUUGCGCCGGCUGCAGCGCCGAAGCUUUACUCCCGCCAGCUUCCUGGAAGAGGACACGGCUGACUUCCCCGACGAGCUGGACACAUCCUUCUUUGCCAGGGAAGGUGUCCUCCAUGAGGAGCUGUCCACCUACCCGGAUGAGGUGUUCGAGUCCCCGUCGGAGGCGGCGCUCAAAGACUGGGAGAAAGCCGCAGAGCAGGCGGACCUGACAGGCGGGGCGCUCGACCGCAGUGAGCUCGAGCGCAGCCACCUGAUGCUGCCCCUGGAACGUGGCUGGAGGAAGCAGAAGGAGGGUGGUGCGGCGGCCCCGCAGCCCAAGGUGCGGCUGCGGCAGGAGGUGGUGAGCGCGGCAGGGCAGCGGCGGGGGCAGCGCAUCGCAAUGCCGGUGCGCAAGUUCUUUGCCAGGGAGAAGCGACCCUACGGGCUGGGCAUGGUGGGCCGGCUAACUAACCGCACCUACCGCAAGCGUAUCGACAGCUAUGUCAAACGCCAGAUUGAGGACAUGGACGACCACAGGCCCUUCUUCACCUACUGGCUCACCUUUGUGCACUCGCUGGUCACCAUUUUAGCUGUGUGCAUCUAUGGCAUCGCACCUGUGGGCUUCUCGCAGCAUGAAACAGUGGACUCGGUGCUGCGUAACCGCGGGGUCUAUGAGAACGUCAAGUAUGUGCAGCAGGAGAACUUCUGGAUCGGGCCCAGCUCGGAGGCUCUCAUUCACCUGGGUGCCAAGUUCUCGCCCUGCAUGCGUCAGGAUCCACAGGUGCACAGUUUCAUCCGUGCCGCACGCGAGCGUGAGAAGCACUCAGCCUGCUGUGUGCGCAAUGACCGGUCUGGCUGCGUGCAAACCUCGGAGGAGGAGUGCUCGUCUACCCUGGCAGUGUGGGUGAAGUGGCCCUUCCAUCCCAGCGCCCCAGACCUUGCCGGCCACAAGAGACCAUUUGGCUCUGUCUGCCACCAGGACCCCAGGGUAUGUGAUGAGCCCUCCUCCGAGGACCCCCAUGAGUGGCCAGAUGACAUCACCAAGUGGCCGAUCUGCACCAAAAAUAGUGCUGGGAACCACACCAACCACCCCCACAUGGAUUGUGUCAUCACAGGCCGGCCCUGCUGCAUCGGCACGAAGGGCAGGUGUGAGAUAACCUCACGCGAGUACUGUAACUUCAUGAGGGGCUACUUCCAUGAGGAGGCCACGCUCUGCUCUCAGGUGCACUGCAUGGAUGACGUGUGCGGGCUCCUGCCCUUCCUCAACCCUGAGGUGCCCGACCAGUUCUACCGUCUGUGGCUGUCCCUCUUCUUGCACGCUGGGAUCCUGCACUGCCUGGUGUCCGUCUGCUUCCAGAUGACUGUCCUGCGGGACCUGGAGAAACUGGCCGGCUGGCACCGCAUCGCCAUCAUCUACUUGUUGAGCGGUGUUACCGGUAACCUUGCCAGUGCUAUCUUCCUGCCAUACCGCGCAGAGGUGGGCCCGGCCGGCUCGCAGUUUGGCAUCCUGGCCUGCCUCUUCGUGGAGCUCUUCCAGAGCUGGCAGAUCCUGGCCCGGCCCUGGCGAGCCUUCUUCAAGCUGUUGGCCGUGGUGCUUUUCCUCUUCACCUUCGGACUGCUGCCGUGGAUUGAUAACUUUGCCCACAUCUCAGGCUUCAUCAGCGGCCUCUUCCUCUCCUUCGCCUUCCUGCCUUACAUCAGCUUCGGCAAGUUCGAUCUGUACCGCAAGCGCUGCCAGAUCAUCGUCUUCCAGGUGGUCUUCCUGGGCCUUCUGGCCGGCCUGGUGGUCCUCUUCUACUUCUACCCUGUCCGCUGUGAGUGGUGCGAGUUCCUCACCUGCAUCCCUUUCACUGACAAGUUCUGUGAGAAGUAUGAGCUUGACGCCCAGCUUCACUGAGCUUGCCGGGGACAGGCAGACCGUGCACCCCAAGCCUCACUGGCCACAGGACCCCACCUGCACGUCCUGUGUGGGGUCCUGCCCAGUUCCUGGACACUGGCCUCUUGUGCCUUGUUCACUGCUGUUGAACCUCUCUAAUUCUGGGCAUUUAUCACACUAGUUCCCAUGAUUACUUUCUAACUAGUCUCUUGACGACCGCAUAAUGUGGCCAAUAAAUGGACCGGGAGCGUUUUAGCUGCCACUGACUUGA